AUGGCAAAUGUCAGGAAGGAUCUCCCCAAACUCCGAGCCCAGAUUCUAUUCUACCCAUUCCUUCAGGGAGUUGAUUUCAAUCUGCCUUCUUAUCAGCAAAACCAUGCCAUGCCCCUCUUGUUUCAGAAGUUUGCUGUCAACCAGGGCUGUAGAUAUAUAACCAGGGGGAAAGUCAAUGUGGAAGAAAUAAUAAAGGGUGCCCAUGUUCCAGAGGAUUUAUGGGUGAGAUACAAAAAAUGGCUUAGUGCAGACAACAUCCCUGAAGAAUUUAAGGUCAGGGGCUACGAGCCAGUGGCGCCCGCUCCAUUUUCCAAAGAACUCUAUGAAAUCGUGAAAGACGGGUUUCAGCCAACGUUUUCCCCACUUUUAGCAGAAGACGAAAUUGUCUGCCAGCUCCCCGAGACUUUCCUCAUCACUUGUGAGUAUGAUAUUCUUAGGGAUGAUGGACUUUUGUAUAAGAAACGCCUGGAGGACAGUGGCGUGCCAGUGACAUGGCAUCAUAUUGAGGAUGGCAUCCACGGAAUGACAUUCACGAUAGAUUAUGGGGUGCUUGAAUUCCCAAAUGCACGAAUUACAUUGCAGCAUUUAGUUCACUUCUUAGGAAGAUUAUAA